GGUUUGGGUUUAGUCGGCAUUAGUCGGCAAACGAUCGACGAUCGACGACAUCGACAAACGACGACUAAAAAAACGACGACGUCGCAUGGACUGCGAUUCUGCGGACUCCGUGCGCGAUUUUCAUUCAGUUUUCACUUAACUUUCCGCUCAGUUCUAAACUUACCCAUACUACACAGGUGUAUGUAGUGUCGAAAUCCCAACCUCUGUACUACUAUACCGCCAUAUCUCGGGGGAGAGACCAUAUCUCCGAACUGCCCGGCAAUCGGGCGGCAGUCAGUCCAGCGGAGAAGCUCGCUGGAAACUCAUCAUUACCCGUAAUAAUCGUAAAUGUCAGUUACUGGGCUGGUCGCUGUCGCGUCGCCGUCACGUAAUGCCCAUUCAAUUUAAUUUCAUAAUUAAUAUUUUUUGGAAAACUACAAAAGUGUCACCAGUUUUUCUCUGAUUUUUUGGCAACCAAAAAGUAAAUCUCGUCGAGGAGCCACCGCAAAAUGGAGUCCAACAAACGCUCGAAAAAAGGACGCAAAUCGCGUACAGGACCCGCUGACAACACUCAGAACGAACAGCAUCAUCCAUGGGACGAAGGACAAGCACAGAGAGCAAUUCCCAGCACGGGCACAGCACUGACCCGAUUCCUGACCUGUAUGGCACCUGUGAUUGUGUCGCUACCUGGUGCUGGAACUGGCCCCACUGAACAGCCGACCAUACUCCUGAUCAACGGCAUAGCCAGCGACUCCCAGAUCGAGGACAGGCAGGAGAAGGCCGCCGCCUUGAAGCUAGCCCUCGACAAUAACAAUAUCGAAGCUCCGAUAGCCACAGUGCCCACUACCCCGGGUGGCUCUCACCUGCUCGACUUUGAAUCGCAUCUUAUCGAGAGCAUCGACGCCCACGAAGCCACAGCCGGCGGCGUCGGCAUCAAGGAACUCCCGCCCAUCGAACAGGAACUGCAACAGGGGACCUCCAAGCUCGGCACCGACGAUGCGGAGCCCGUGAUCGAGGUAGAACCGGCUGGCUCGAAAACCCUACAGCCCAUUGAAGUCAUCCCGCCGAGCCAUCAGAUCGCCGAGGUUGACGAAACGGCUAACCCUUCCGAGCAACCCGACGAACAGGAAGUCCGUCGCACCGCCGAGCAGUUGGUGGAUGAGAUCGAACGCGAGCUGAUCCAGGCCCUUAGCCGGGAUGUAGACCAGGCCCAGAAGGAGCACCAGGACCAGAUCCAGCGCGAUCGCCAGGAGCUUGGCUCCCUCUCCCAACAGGUGGAGGUGCAGCUGAACGAGCUGACCAGUAUCCUCAAGAACAAACCCCAGGCGGAGAUAGUUUUGGAGCUGCCCAAAGAAGACCCCAAGCAGGAUCAGCAGACCAAGAAGCCCCUGGUAGCCGCUUCCCAGGAACUCAAGCUGGUUGAGGUUCCCACUCCAAAAACCGAGGCCGAGGAGCAACAGCGUAGGGAGUUCAUCGACUCACUGCCCCAGAUCGAGCAGAAUCGUCUCCAAGACGGAUCGGAAGCAGAGACGGAUGCCCAGCGACUCUCGGCGGACUGCAAGCGGGAGUAUUACCAGUCGCUGAAGAAAUACCUGCUCCAGAGCAGCCAGGACAGGCCACCAGUGCCACUCCAGACAUAUCGCUGGGAGGAUCUGCGACGAGCCAAAGAACGGGGCGGCUAUCCCUGGACACAUCUGUAUAAACGCCCUUUGGGACCCGACGAGCAGCCGGAAAUAGUGCUGCUCCUGCGCAAGUCCCAGGAACUGCGUUUCAGAUCCGAGUCCCCCAAGUCCCUGAAGAAAGUUCGCUACGACGAACAGGUGCUGGUUAAAGAGACCGAACGCUACAUCCAGGACUUGUCCGAGGACGAGGCCGUAGCCACCACCACCGACGACGACAGCAGCAGUGAAUCCUCCGAUUCGGAGACCGAAUCCGAACGCGAUCGCAACAACGAGGACGCUCUCAGUGAGUGCAUUUCCUGCGUGUCGGACUCUGUCCUAGCUGUCGGAGGUCACGCCAGGCCACGCAAGACCAAUCGCUUGGCACACAUCCGUGAUCUUAUCCGACGCCGACGCAGUGGUCGCACCCACGAGGACGCCCAAUCGCUGCCCGGCAACUCGGCGAAUCCCAGCCGGCAGAGUAGCCUGCACGAGCUAGCUCCACCGCCGGGAUCUCUGAUCCCCAACACAGACAAGCCUCCGAAGAGCAGCAAGCCCAAGCAGGGCUUCGACAUCAUGAAGAAGCUAAAGAGCUUGGCCGAGCGCCAGAAGAAGCGUCUGAACAUCAAGAGGAUCACCCUGAAGAAGGACGAGAAGAUUGUUCUGGGAGAGCAGCAGAAGAUCAUGCGUUUGAAGGCUUCUCCCAAGUCCGAUCGCGGUGAGAUCCCCCACUUUAUCGAGAAGCAGGACUCGGACGAGAUCCUGGAGCUAGUGGAGUACGAUGAGUCCCCCUGCCGUAAGCGCACCAAAGAGGAGCUGCUGGAGGAUCAGCCGAGUGGCAGUGUACCGCAGCCCGAGGAAAUCAUUGAGCUCCCGGUGGUCAAGACUGAACUAGAGGCGCCCACCCUGGAAAUCACUGAACCCGCUGAGGAAAAAACUGAAGAACCAGUGAAGGUUGAGCAGCCAGAAGAAGAGGUCGAGGAUUCGGCUGAUCCACCAAAGAAAACUCCACGAGUUCGUAAGGAACAUGUCUACGAGGAGAUCGGUCAGACUCAACUGGAGCAGCCCAUUGUGGAACUGGAAAGCCUCAAGAAGUCCUUGACCCGGCAGGACAAUCUCGCUAUCGAUGACAUCGAGUCGGCCAAGGCAGUGCCCUUGGAUCGGAUGGGCAGCAGUGAGGAGGAGCAGGUGACUGCUGGCAAGCCAAGCGCCCUGCUGGCCCCCAUAUCCUCAAUAGACUCUACGUCCUCGGAUGAAGAGCGGGCACGCCUGGCUCAGCUUUCGCCCGUAACGGAAGAGGAGACUGAGGAACCCGCUGCAGAGGAGGAACCACCACGUCCUUCCUUGAAAAAGGAGGCUUCUCCAGCACCCUCGGACAAGAAAGUGACCUUCUCCCAUGUGGAAGAUGAAGCGGAACCGCAUCGUGAGGACGUCGAACUGCCGGAGGAUGUCCUGGAGGCAGCCGCCAAUGCAGCCAAGUUUAAGAAUGAAAGUGAUCAUGAAUACGAGCCCGUGGGCUCCUCGCCAGCGCCCAGCCCCCCAGUCGAACCCAUGGACAUCGACAGCGCCCUGAGUUCGGGUGGCACCACACCCCGCACCGAAUCUCGCACCGACUACGAAAUCCACACCAGCCAGGUGGACUCCAGCGCCCUUGAGGAGCUGCCGCUGCAGCCGGAGAACCGUCGCAAAGGAUUCAUGGCCUCGGCCCAGGAUCGCACCCGUAAGAUGCAGGAUGGCAUCCGCCAGCAGGCCGGAAAACUGCGCACUCGGCUGCAAACGAAACCAAAACCCAAGCCCGUCUCCGGUAGUCCCAAAGCCAAGGCCAAGGAGAGGAGGCGCUUCAAGGCCCCUGAGUUCUCCAAGAUCAAGAUGCCCGAGAUCAAGCGACCGGACAUGUCCAAGUUGAAGGAAAUAAAGCGUCCGGAGUUUACAAAGUUCAGUAAACCGGACAUGUCCAAGUUCAAGCUGCCGGAGAAGUUCUCCACCCUGAAAUUGCGACGCAGCAAGAGUUUCAAGGAGAACGAGGGUGAACUUCAGGUGGAGGAAUCCCCCGAGGGCACUGGCACCCCGGCAUCCCCUAGUCAGGCCGCCCAGCCGGCGGCUCCAAAGAAAAAGUUCGAGUUCAAUUUCGGCACCUAUCCACGGGCUUUCAGGAAGAAGAAGGAGGAACCUGCUCCGCCGGUCGUGGAGUCCUCACUAGGCACUGAAGGUCUGAGCCUCAGUGUGAUCCCCAGCACGGAGACCCAGCCUUCUCAAACUUCCACCAGUUCGCCGCAGGGAGAUCGUGGACCAGGACCAGUGAGAUCCCGUUGGGCGGACAAGUUCUCCGACGUGAGCUACAACGACAGCGAAGGAUCGCGCUACCGGCGGUAUGGUAGCGAGCUGGAAUCCUUUGACCGGGAGUCCUCGCUGGAGCGACGCAUGAAGGAGGACCUGGAGGGAACUGAGGACACGGCCAGCGAGGCCCAGCCCCAGCCCGAGAUGGGUAUCCUUGGAGGGGUGGCAGACAGCAAGCAGUUUGCGGAGUUCGAUGAGGAGAACCGUGCCAUCCACGAGAUCUCCAGCAAGAGAUCCCGGGAGUUCAAGCGACGGCCCAUGGUGCACCAGGAUUCCGAUCUGCGCUCCGAAGACAGCCAUGAUGCGGAAGGAUGGACAGAGAAGGAUAUCCAGAAGAAUAAACUUCUCCGGAAGGCAGAGCUUGAGGCCGAGGCUGGUUUCUACAAGUUCCACGACCUGCAGGAUGCUCAGUCUACGGCUAGUUCCGGCAAAAAGGUGGUCAUGGAGACCAUCGACGAUGAUGAGUUCUUCCUGCGCAAGCGCGGCAUCUCCGAGGAUAACAUCCAGCUGCGCCAGUAUAUCAGCGAGGCCAUCCGCGAGGGCUACGACAUGCCCAAUGCCCUCAAGCAUGUAGGAUACUCUGCGGAGCAGGUUCCGGCGGAGUAUGGGGACUACGACGUGCCCCCCGCCAAGCCACGCCGCUUGCAUAGGAACUACCAGCCGGACUUUGAGUCGCAGGAGUUCGAUGACCUGUCCAUGUCCCAGAACGGUAGUGACUUCGUCCCCAAGAGACCCCUGAGGAAGGCCAGGAGCCGCAGCAAGUACUCCAUCGAAGGUAGCCAGGAGCUCCCGAUAGCGGAUGGGGGCAGCAGCAUCCAGUACUUCGAAGACGAUGAGGAGUACCUGCGACCACCGACCCGGGAAACUGAACAGCCCCUCAACAAUCUCGACCUGGAAGUGGAACGAAAGCAGCAACUGGCGGAGGAGCAGGAUCUAGAGCCUCCACUACCACGUCCACAGGCUCCCAGACGCCAGAAGAAACGCACAAGGGACGACGUUUCUGUGGACAAGGACGCAGACUCCUUCAUCAAUGGCUUCGGUGGCAGAUCAGUAUCGAAUACCUUUUUGCAGCCACAGGAAGAUGUAAUUGUUUAUCGCACUGAGCACGAAUAUCGCCACGUACCGCUAGCCACGCCGGACACCUUCACGGAUGGGACAUCGGCCCGCACGCAGCGCUCCGAAGACGAGCGGACGUCGCGCGGCGCCGACUCCUUUAUCCUGGACACGAAGACGAAGUCGGAGGAGGACAACGAAGAUGGAGUGCAACGCUCCAAGAGUGACGAAAGGUUCGUCAUCGACAUGCUGGAGAGUGACGGCUAUGCGGUGGUGCGCAAGGAGCUGCCCAAACCGACUCCACCGGCCCGCCGGAAGAAGUUCAGCCGGCUGCCGGGCGAGAGAUUCGCCACGUUGCCGAGCAUCCGCGGCUCUAGGGGAUCGCCGCCCCCAGCUCGGCCGCCGCCGCCCGAGAAGUACGUGCCCACGCUGGACUCGCCCGCCCUAAGUCUGGACGAGAUUCCCGCCAUGAUCAAGUCGAACUACGAGAAGGAGCAGAAGCAGCUGCCGCAGGAGGAGGAGGAUGACUACGAGGAGCCGGGUCGCAGUAAUUUGCAAUCGGGCGAGGUCAUCAACAAGAUGAAGUUCCGCCCGCUGCCGCCGCCACCGCGUCCUCCGAGGGAGAAACGCUCUGGCCGGGCCGGUAGCCAGACCCUGGAGAGCUACGAGGACAGCGAGCACGUGGCCAACUCCAGCCAGGCGGAUAGCUACGACCAGGGUGAGUUUGAGGUGGAGGUCUCCACCCAAACGGAUCCGCUGCCGGAUGACUUUGUGUGCGAGGAGUUCGAGAUCACCGAAGACAUGAAGAUCAUUGAGCCACGCAUUGGUGGAGCUGCCAAGACCUUGGAGGAUAUGCUGCGGAGCGUGGAGGCCUCUCAGGCGCAGGAUGAGGUGGAUGGGCCAAAGAUUCUCUCGGAGGACGAACAGCUGGCCAAGGGCCUGCAGCGUUUCCGGGAUGCCAACCAGCGCAGCAUGUCUGAGCGAUCGAGAGCAUCCUCUCAAGCUGACCGCUCCAAGUCGUUAAGUCGCCCGCAGACGCCUUCGUCGGCUGUGAUCAUUGAGCGGCGAGUGCCCACUCCCAAUCUGGAUCAGGAUGAUCCGGCUACCGUUCAGGCCUCUCUGAUUGUGCGACCCAUCAGUGCCGCCGAUCUGGAGGAUGAGGAACUGCGUCGAGAGGAGGAGGAACUGCGCCGCGAGGGUCUACUUUCCGAUAGCUCUGUUCAAAGCAAGUCUGACGUGGAGGAGGAGCAGGAGCACGGUCUAAGCGACUAUGGAGCCAGUUCGGCGGAUCUGGAUGCGGCAGUGGAGCAACUGCAGCAGGCGCAGCUGGAGAGUGACUACGAUAGCAGGCUGGAAGAUGAUGAGGUGGAACGCACACUCCGGGACAGUGAAUACGAGGAGGAGAAGUAUUCCGAGCAUGAAAAGUACUCUGAACAGGAAGAGUUGGAGGAGGAGGAGGAAAUAGCUGAGUUGGAGAAGCAGCUGACAGAGCAGGAAUUGGAAGAAGCACUGGAGAAGGAGCUGCAAGAAGCCAUGGAAAAGGAACUGGCCGAUUACAGGCAAAAGGAAAAGGAGCAGGACCACGAACACGAGCAGACCUUCUCGGAAGAGGAGCCACCAGUGGCUUCGGAAAUAGACUAUCACCCAUCAGAAGAGGAGCCAGUGGCCUCCGAGAUCGAUUACCGGCCCUCUGAAGACGAGCAAGCAGCCUCAGAAGGAGAGCAACCCCUGUCUGAAAAGGAGUACCCUAUUUCGGACACGGAGCCAGUCCAAUCGGAAUCCGAAAUCCCCGUAGAAGAAGCCCCUAUUGAGAAAUCCACCGCCAUUGAACCCACCGAAGCUGAAGUCGAGCUCAAAUUCGUGGCUACCUUGCCCACGGAACCCGCCUAUGAAGAAGAGUUGCUGGAGCCCGAAGCUGCCCCACUGCCACCGCCACGACGCCGAUCCACCACCGUCCUGGAAACCGCUCUUGCCCCUAGCCUGACCAUUGCCGAGCAGUCCAGCCGGGAGCUGACACCUGUGCAAUCGCUGCAGCAAUCCCCGCCAGAACCUCAACUACCCAGCCGACUGGCUGAGCUGGAAGUGGAGCGCCUCAGAGUCCAUGCCCUACAGGCUGGUCAGAUUCAAGUAUCCCAGCUCCAUGGUGCACAAAUCCGGGCCGACGAACUGGAAUGUAAAUCUGGACAGUUGGUGGUUCAAAAUAUCGAACUCCCGCCUGGUUUCAUUGAUGACAUUGUGGAGCGUGUGCAGCGAGAACAGAGACCUUCGCUGCUGACCACUGAAACCCAGACCAGUCGGCAGCCCAGCAGCGAUCCCUCCGAGAAGGAGCAGCCCGUUAAACCCCCGCGUCACAGCAAGACGACAGAGCAGCAACCACAGCAGCAAGCACCGGUUGCCUCCACCUCCAAUCUCGACGAGCAGACCCAGACGGAGGCGGGCUUGCUGCCACCAGCGGCUUAUCCUAGUGUGGAGUACCUGCAGUCCCUGGCCCCACUCGCUUUCUACAAUCUCCAGCGCAGCGCCGAGGCAGAAGCCUCUUCGGCUGCUGAUAGGAAGGCACCCCAUAAGUGCCGACGUCGCCAUGUCCAGGAAACGCACACCGAGCAGGAAUCCGGGUCCGAGGUAGAAGAUCAGGUGGUAGAACGACCACGCUCCAGGUCUCGUAGAUCCCGUACCAGGAGCGCCACUCAGCCGCCAGAGGAGGAGUACGAUGAGGAUCAACCCAAGACGGUGGUCCAAGCCGGUCGGCAGUUCAUCUCCGCCUGCAGCCUGGAGCUGGUCAACAUCAUUAAUCAACUGACCCAUGUCGUCCGGGGAGAGGCUGUGGAGCCGCAGCAGCAGCCGCGGAACAUCUCGGCCCUGAUGGUGCUUUUCAUUCUGAUUACAUUUGGGGUUCUGGUCUUCCUGCUUACAGGGCGACAGGUGCACACACAUCAUUGGGACUACUUUAAUCCACCGGGGAACGAGGGUAGGCAGACGUGAGACGUGAUUAGCUAGGGAGGGGAACAGGAUCCCUAUCUGGGCGGUUUUGCAUUUUGGAUCGAAUCUCGCAUCGAAUCUUGUAGAGAAGAAACGAAUUUAAAUGCGGCCAUGUGGUGGUCGCUCGAAACUUGAAGGCCUUACAAAUGAUGAUAUACUAACGCGAAAUUACUUUAGGGGGAGGUGCGCACGAGGGGCGUGGCCCGUGCUACUAG